UUCUAUAUAAAGAGCACAGCUUUGUUUAUGAGACGCAAGGGAGCUUCAGCUACUAGUAUUACUUAUUGCUUAUUCAUUCCUAAAAAGCUUUAAAAAUGGCUGCAAAUUACAACGAAAAGCUUCUUCUCAACUAUGUUCCCGUCUACGUUAUGCUUCCGUUGGGAGUGGUGAAUGUGGAAAACGUGUUCGCGGACCCCGAAACGGUUGAAACGCAACUCAAACGUCUCAAAGAAGAAGCUGGAAUCGACGGCGUUAUGGUCGAUGUUUGGUGGGGAAUCAUAGAGUCCAAAGGCCCUAAACAAUAUGACUGGACCGCUUACAAAACGCUGUUCCAGCUAAUCGCCCGUUUAGGACUCAAAAUCCAAGCAAUCAUGUCGUUUCACCAAUGCGGUGGAAACGUUGGCGACGUCGUCACGAUCCCCAUCCCGAAAUGGGUUCGUGAGGUUGGUGAGAGCGAUCCAGAUAUCUACUACACUAACCGUAGAGGAACAAGAGACAUCGAGUAUCUCUCACUCGGUGUCGACAAUCUUCCUCUCUUCGCUGGAAGAACCCCUGUUCAGAUGUAUAGUGACUACAUGAGUAGCUUCAAAGAAAAAAUGUUGGAGUUGAUAGAAGCUGGAGCCAUUGUGGACAUCGAGGUCGGACUUGGUCCUGCCGGUGAACUUCGUUACCCUGCUUACCCACAAAGCCAAGGAUGGGUGUUUCCAGGCAUUGGAGAAUUUCAGUGUUAUGACAAGUACUUGAAGAGCGAGUUCAAGGAAGCAGCGGCCAAAGCAGGUCAUCCGGAGUGGGAUCUACCGGACAACGCCGGAGAAUACAAUGACAAGGCGGAGGAAACUGGGUUUUUCAAGACUAAUGGAACCUAUGUCUCGGAGGAGGGGAAGUUUUUCUUGACAUGGUACUCGAACAAGCUUAUCUUUCAUGGAGAUCAGAUCAUAGGAGAAGCCAACAAGAUCUUCGCUGGACUUAAAGUUAACUUGGCUGCCAAGGUAUUAUUAUUACUACUAUAAACAAGUGACAUAUACAUGCAUCACUACAAGAAAACAGCGGCAUACUGAGGGAAAAAAU